CGCCUCCUCCAUGCCGCCCUCGGGGCUGCGGCUGCUGCCGCUGCUGUUGCUGCCGCUCCCGUGGCUCCUGGUGCUGACGCCGGGCCGGCCGGCCGCGGCACUGUCCACCUGCAAGACCAUCGACAUGGAGCUGGUGAAGCGGAAGCGCAUCGAGGCCAUCCGGGGCCAGAUCUUGUCCAAGCUCCGGCUGGCCAGCCCGCCGAGCCCGGGGGACGCGCCACCCGGCCCGCUGCCCGACGCCGUGCUCGCGCUCUACAACAGCACCCGCGACCGGGUGGCCGGCGAGGGUGCCGAGCCCGAGCCCGAGCCCGAGGCGGACUACUACGCCAAGGAGGUCACCCGCGUGCUCAUGCUGGACAGCCAGAAUUCAAUCUAUCAAAAGACUCAAAACCAAAACAUCGGCCACAGUGUAUAUAUGUUCUUCAACACAUCAGAACUUCGAGAAGCGGUGCCCGACCCCUUGUUGCUUUCCCGGGCAGAACUGAGGCUGCAGAGGCUCAAGUCGAAUGUGGAGCAGCAUGUGGAACUAUACCAGAAAUACAGCAACAAUUCCUGGCGUUACCUCAGCAACCGGCUGCUGACCUCCACGGACUCUCACGAGUGGCUAUCUUUUGAUGUCACUGGGGUAGUGCGACAGUGGCUGAGCCAUGGAGAUUCCAUAGAGGGAUUUCGUUUCAGCGCCCACUGCUCAUGUGACAGCAAAGAUAAUGUACUCCUCGUGGACAUCAACGUAGGAGUCACUUCCAAGCGUCGAGGGGACCUGGGACCCAUUCAUGACCUGAACCGGCCCUUCCUGCUCCUCAUGGCCACCCCCCUGGAGAGGGCCCAGCACCUGCACAGCUCCCGCCACCGCCGGGCCGUCGACACCAACUACUGCUUCAGCUCCACAGAGAAGAACUGUUGUGUCCGGCAGCUGUACAUUGACUUCCGCAAAGACCUGGGCUGGAAGUGGAUCCACGAGCCCAAGGGCUACCAUGCCAACUUCUGCCUGGGGCCCUGCCCCUACAUCUGGAGCCUGGACUCACAGUACAGCAAGGUCCUGGCCCUGUACAACCAGCAUAACCCGGGUGCAUCCGCAUCGCCCUGCUGCGUGCCGCAGGUGCUGGAGCCGCUGCCCAUUGUGUACUACGUGGGCCGCAAGCCCAAGGUGGAGCAGCUGUCCAACAUGAUCGUGCGCUCCUGCAAGUGCAGCUAGCCCCGCCCACGCCCCACGCCCCCCCCCCCCCCCAACCUGGCCAGCCUCGCAGGCCUGGCCAUCGCCCAACUAUGCCCCACCCCGGCAGGCCCGGCCCCGCCCACCACCCCACCCCACCGCCCCCUGCCAUGCCCUGGGGGCUUUAUUUAAAAGACACCUGAGCCCCAAGUCCACCUGGGGGGCCCAUUAAAGGUGAAAGAGGAAUGGUGGUGGUCUCCAUGU